AGGAAGUGAACCGCCGCCGGAAGUGCCCCUCGGGGCGGCGCGGCGAGGGACCAGGGCCUCUCCUGCAACCGCCGCUCUGUCGCCACGGAUGGGAAGGAGUCGACCGCGAGAAGAGGACUGGGGGAAGAGGGUCUCAGUGCAGACAGAGUUCUGGAAAAGACUGUUGAUAUCACCCGAGCCGCAGGGCAAGCUGGGAAAGGUAGCUCGGCACAGUCCGGCUUCUGGACUACAAAUCCCAGCACACUCCUGGAGGAGCGGGCGAGGCGGCAGCCGUGGCCUCCACGGCCUCGAAGGAGAUUUGUGGGGUGGCGCGUAUGUGGGGACUCGGCAAUUUAAACACAUCCCGUGAAGAAACUGCCAACGACUAAGUUCCCCCGCUGCUGUAUGUUCCACCCUUCUGGAGCCAUCUUAUUUGCGGCCUGGCCUCCUGGCACAAGGGAUUCUGGAGGUUGUGGUUUCCGAACGGAUCGAGACUGACACCUGAAGGACGCGGCUUAACCGCUUAGCCCCUAGCGGGUCCUGUGGGUUUCCCGACGUCUCCUGGGCUGAAAUGGAAGCGAGAAGUGAUCGGGAACAUUGUGCUGGCAGUUGGAUCCGGCUGCACCGAGCGCCAGCCUUAAAAUAAGUAAAACCGAUGCCCUUCCGCCCCUAACCUCAAAAGCUGCUUUUGCGUCUAGAUGUUAUUGAGAGCCGGCUCUGCGGUCAGCUCUGAGCUAGGCGCUGUGAGAACGCUCAGUAAGACAGUGUCUCGUCUGGAAAUGUACAGGCGAGAUUCAAACCGAGAAACUGCCAAAGGUUGUGUGCAGAGCAGAUCCUAGGAUACCGGAGACCCAGCCCGUUGGCUUGACCUCAAAACUCGGGGGCUUUUCGGCCCAUGCUGUCCCUUAAUUCCUCCUCCUUUGCUGACGCUGUGGGUGCGCAUCAAAGCCUAAACUUCGCUAGCUCCCUUGCACACAAGAACACUAACCCUAACCUGACCAGUUAUUUAUUUUUCACUUCAAGAUUCUUCCAUUGAUACUUAUGUUUCCCUGAUACCGUCCAAGUGCUGAGGGCGGGGAUGGACUGUGUGAUUUGCAUCUGCCAAAUGCAGAAAAUUUGGAAGUUCACAGCCUCUUAGUUGGAUGCCCCUGUGCCACAGAACACAUUUUGGCUAUGGGGUGUGAUCUGUGUCUGAGGAACAACAAGAAGCUACACGUCAUCCACACAGGAGCCAAAUCUGGAACUCUGGUCUCAGUUCUUCAGGACUAUUUGAGCGAAUAAUCACUAAACACUAGAGUAAAGGAUGUCCUACUAGAAGUCUUAUUCUGACUCCUAAAACCACGCUACUGAAAGUGUUGAUCCACAAACCAGUGCCAGUCCUUGAACUUUGUUUGUUACUGGUCCACAGUUAGGUCCCCUCAGUGAUUCCUGUGUGCACCCAGGGUUGAGAACUACUGCAUAAGAGGUCCUAGAAGAUAUCUGGCAUGGCCAGAGUACAGAGGGACCAGAGAAGAACUUCUGCUUGGGUGGCUGAACUCUGAUCUUGACCUAGAGUCAUGGCCAUGGCAACGAAAGGAGGUACUGUCAAAGCUGCUUCAGGAUUCAAUGCCGUGGAAGAUGCCCAGACCCUGAGGAAGGCCAUGAAAGGGCUCGGCACCGAUGAAGACGCCAUUGUUAGCGUCCUUGCCUACCGCAACACCGCCCAGCGCCAGGAGAUCAGGACAGCCUACAAGAGCACCAUCGGCAGGGACUUGAUAGACGACCUGAAGUCAGAACUGAGUGGCAACUUCGAGCAGGUGAUUGUGGGGAUGAUGACGCCCACGGUGCUGUAUGACGUGCAAGAGCUGCGAAGGGCCAUGAAGGGAGCUGGCACUGAUGAGGGCUGCCUAAUUGAGAUCCUAGCCUCCCGGACCCCUGAGGAGAUCCGGCGCAUAAGCCAAACCUACCAGCAGCAAUAUGGACGGAGCCUUGAAGAUGACAUUCGCUCUGACACAUCGUUCAUGUUCCAGCGAGUGCUGGUGUCUCUGUCAGCUGGUGGGAGGGAUGAAGGAAAUUAUCUGGACGAUGCUCUCGUGAGACAGGAUGCCCAGGACCUGUAUGAGGCUGGAGAGAAGAAAUGGGGGACAGAUGAGGUGAAAUUUCUAACUGUUCUCUGUUCCCGGAACCGAAAUCACCUGUUGCAUGUGUUUGAUGAAUACAAAAGGAUAUCACAGAAGGAUAUUGAACAGAGUAUUAAAUCUGAAACAUCUGGUAGCUUUGAAGAUGCUCUGUUGGCUAUAGUAAAGUGCAUGAGGAACAAAUCUGCAUAUUUUGCUGAAAAGCUCUAUAAAUCGAUGAAGGGCUUGGGCACCGAUGAUAACACCCUCAUCAGAGUGAUGGUUUCUCGAGCAGAAAUUGACAUGUUGGAUAUCCGGGCACACUUCAAGAGACUCUAUGGAAAGUCUCUGUACUCGUUCAUCAAGGGUGAUACAUCUGGAGACUACAGGAAAGUACUGCUUGUUCUCUGUGGAGGAGAUGAUUAAAAUAAAAAUCCCAGAAGGACAGGAGGAUUCUCAACACUUUGAAUUUUUUUAACUUCAUUUUUCUACACUGCUAUUAUCAUUAUCUCAGAAUGCUUAUUUCCAAUGAAAACGCCUACAGCUGCCUCCUAGGAUAUAGACUGUCUGUAUUAUUAUUCACCUAUAAUUAGUCAUUAUGAUGCUUUAAAGCUGUACUUGCAUUUCAAAGCUUAUAAGAUAUAAAUGGAGAUUUUAAAGUAGAAAUAAAUAUGUAUUCCAUGUUUUUAAAAGAUUACUUUCUACUUUGUGUUUCACAGACAUUGAAUAUAUUAAAUUAUUCCAUAUUUUCUUUUCAGUGAAAAAUUUUUUAAAUGGAAGACUGUUCUAAAAUCACUUUUUUCCCUAAUCCAAUUUUUAGAGUGGCUAGUAGUUUCUUCAUGUGAAAUUGUAAGCAUCCGGUCAGUAAGAAUGCCCAUCCAGUUUUCUAUACUUCAUAGUCAAAGCCUUGAAAGCAUCUACAAAUCUCUUUUUUUUAGGUUUUGUCCAUAGCAUUAGUUGAUCCUUACUAAGUUUUUCAUGGGAGACUUCCUUCAUCACAUCUUAUGUUGAAAUCACUUUCCGUAGUCAAAGUAUACCAAAACCAAUUUAUCUGAACUAAAUUCUAAAGUAUGGUUAUACAAACCAUAUACAUCUGGUUACCAAACAUAAAUGCUGAACAUUCCAUAUUAUUAUAAUUAAUGUCUUAAUCCAGCUUGCAAGUGAAUGGAAAAAAAAAUAAGCUUCAAACUAGGUAUUCUGGGAAUGAUGUAAUGCUCUGAAUUUAGUAUGAUAUAAAGAAAACUUUUUUGUGCUAAAAAUACUUUUUAAAAUCUUUUUCAAUUUUGUUGAUUGUAGUAAUUUCUAUUUGCACUGUGCCUUUCAACUCUAGAAACAUUCUGAAGAUGUACUUGGAUUUAAUUAAAAAGUUCACUUUGUAA